AUGUUAGGUAUGCCUACACCAACAUCUUCAGCAUCAAGUAUCUCCCCAAAUGAUCAAAAUUUGAGUUCCGCUUCCCAAUCACCAAUAUUCAAUACUAAUCAACAACAACAAAUUAAAAAAUCUUCAAAACAAUAUCAACAAUCUGUCCAUGGAUUUGAACCUAUUCCUAAGAAAUCAGCAAUCAUCAAAACUGAUAAACCUAGACCACAUAUUUGUACAACUUGUACAAGAGCUUUUGCCCGUUUAGAACAUUUGAAAAGACAUGAACGUUCUCAUACAAAUGAAAAACCUUUCCAAUGUGCUGCAUGUGGUCGUUGCUUUGCAAGAAGAGAUUUAGUUUUAAGACAUCAACAAAAAUUACAUACUUCAUUAAAUACAAAUGAUACAAAUGCAAAAGAUUUUAAAAAAGGUGAAAAUGAAAAUAUCAUUACAAAUUAUGGUAAUAAAGAAGUUAGUUUACCAACAAAAUCUGGUAUAAUCAUACCUGAAGAUCCUGUUCCUGCUAGAACUAGAAGAAAUUCCACUCAAUCAAGACGAAGAUCAUCAACAACAACUCAAUCAAUCACUUCUGAGACUCAACAACCUCCAUCUUUGAAAACUUUUAGUUUUAAUCAUGGUAAAAGUUCAAUAGAUUCAAAUUUUGAUGAACAUUCAACAUUAUUUAAACAUGCUGAAAAUUUGAAACAUCAACAAAAUCAUAAUGAAAAUCAUCAUCAUCAACAACCUCCUCAAAAAAGACAUCGUCAUAAUUCUUUUAGUGCAUCAAGUGCAAUGUCAUAUACAAAAUUUGAUCAACAAGAAUCAUUCCAUAAUGAACAUGAAUUACCUGAAGCUCCUCAUCAAGUUGGUUUUGCUACACCUCAAUUAACAGCUCAAGAAUUGACAAAUAAGGCAUUGAUGUCUGGAUUUGAUUUAGGUGCAUUAGGAUUACAACAUGAUAUUGAUGAUUUAGAUUUAAAUUUAGGUUCAAAUGGUGAACAUUUAGAUUCAAGAUCAUCAAAUCCACAAAGUAAUGUUCAAAGUUCACAUGGUGGUAUUGGUUCUAAUGGUUCUAAUGUUCAACCAAAUGAUUAUUUCCAAAAUGGUCAUGGGAAUGGUCCAAAUCAAGGUAAUCAUUCAAAUGGUUUCAAUUCAAGAGUUAGUACACCUUAUCAAUUUGGUUUCACCCCUGGUGGGAAUUUAAUAGAUAUGCCAAUCUUGAAUGAAUAUUUACAUCUUGGUGGUGCUGGUGGUGGUGCUGGAUUUAUACCAAAAUCAAAUCAUCAUACUCCAAAUUCACAUCAUGGUCAUCAUCAUAAUUCAGGAAAUCAUCAUCAUCAUCAUCAAAGUCAUAAUUUAAACUUGUUUAAUAAUUCAAUAGCACCAUCUCCUUCACAAAAUAAUGAAAUUGGUACUGAUCAAAAUGAUGCAGGUUCAUCAAUUAAUCAACGAUUAAAUGUUUUAUCAAAUACAAAUACUUCAAAUUCUAUACAUGAAGAUUCAAGUAAUCCAGAUGAUUGGUUAGGAGAAUUUAUAAAUACACCAUUUGAACAAAAUUUUAUAUCAAAUUCUAAAAAUUUUAAUUCAAUUGGAUUUAUACCAAGUGUUAGUCCUUCAGGUUCUGCAAAUUCUCAAAAUUCUGGGAAUAAUCAACAAAUUGGAACUAAUCAAAUUAAUGGUCCAAGUCCUAUUAAUGGAAUGAGUCCACAAUAUCAAGGUUCUCAACAAGGUCAACAAAUUCAUCAACAAUCACAACAACAUACACCAAAUUCAUCAAUUAAUAUUCCAGUUCAAUCACAACCACAACAAAACCCACAACCACAACAACCAUUAUCAAAUUCUACAAAUAAUGAUAUUCCAUCAUUAUUUAGAUCAAGACAAAUUGAUUUAUUCAAGAAGGAAAUUGAAAAUAAUCAAGAUAUUAAAAAUACACAAGUUCAAUUAUUUACAAUGGAAUUACGUCAAACUAUAAUGAAUUUAAAUAAUUUACAAGAUUCUCAAUUCCCUUCAUUAGAUGAAUUAAAUCAAUAUACUACAUUAUACAAGAAUGAAUUUAAUAAAUAUUUUCCAUUUAUUCAUUUACAAACUUUGAAAAGUUCAAUUGAAAAUUAUCCAUUAUUAUUAUCAAUUGCUUCAAUUGGUGCACUUUAUGGGUUCCAUUCAACUCAUGCAAUGUUAUUAUUUAAUAUAUCAAGAUUUAGAAUUCAUGAAUUCUUAGAACAUGAAAAAUCAUUUAAAAAUAAUAAAAAUAUACCAAUUUGGAUUUAUCAAAGUAUGGUUCUUUCAAUAUUUAUUGGGAUUUUCAAUAAUGAUUUAUCUAUUACUAAAACAAUGACAAUUAUGUUGAAUUCAUUAAUUGAAUUGAUUAAAUUAACUUCAUUAAAUUUACCAUUGGAAAAUUUCAUAACACCACCUCCAAUUAUUGAUAAUUUACAAAAUUCUUCAAAUGUUAUUUUAGAACAAAAUUUUAAUUAUUUUAUAUUGGCACAAACAAGAAUUAGAACUUGUCAUACUGCAUUAUUAAUUUCAAAUUUAUUUACCUCAUUAAUUGGUUUAGAUUGUUCAUUACAUUCAAUGGAUUUAAAAUGUGGUAUUCAUUGUAAAUUAGAAUCAUUAUGGGAAUGUUCAAAUUAUCAAGAAUGGGUUGAAAUUUUAAAUAAAGAACAUUAUGUUAUUGAUUCUAAAUUUUCUUUAAUUGAAUUAUCAAAUGGUAAUGAUUCUUAUAAUAAUUGUUUGGCUUAUUUAAGUAUGAAUAAUUUUAUUUUAAUUGAAGAUGAUCAUUUAAAUAAAAAAUUUCAAAUGAAAACUUUAUUAUCUUUAUUAAUGUCAAUUCAUGAAAAAAUUUAUAGUGAAAGAACAAAUUUAAAAAAUGAAUCAACUGAUGCUUGUAAUGGUGUUAUAAAAGCAACAAAAUGGAGAAUGAAUUCAAGACCUGUAUUGGAAACUUUAAUUAAAAGUUGGGAAUCAUUAUAUAUUAAAAGUGGUGGUGUUUUAUAUUUACAAGAUUCAAAUUUAUCAGUAAUUUAUAAUAAAGAUCCAAUAAUGAGAUUAAUUUUACCACUUUUAUCAUUUGCUAAAAUUAGAAAAUGUAUUCAUUUAACUCCAAUUAUUGAAAAAAUUUGGAAAAAAGAUUGGGAAGGUAUGAAUGAAUCAUUAAAAGAAUUAAAUGAUGAUCCUGAAGCUUUAAAAGAUGCAACAAAUUAUGCAUUAGAUAUUGUCAAUUUAUGGAUUGAUUAUGUUUCAAUUGUUAAAGAUGCAGAAAAGACAUCUAUAAGAACUCCAAUUUUUUUCAUUACUUGUAUUUUCACAUCAUUAUUAAUCAUUGCAGAAUUUUUAUUAAGUAUUGAAAAAUGGGCACAAAAUUAUAGUCCACAAGGAAAUCCAAUUUAUUUAAAUGCAAUUGAACGUACAUUAUGGUUAAGAUCAGAAUUAAUUUUCAAAAAAAUUGAAAAUAAUUUAAUCUUUAAUGACAAUAAUAAAACUUAUGCAGAAUUCUUAAGAUUAGAAGCAAAAGGUGCAUUAGAUGUUCAAUCUUUAGAUGAUGAAUUAGCUAAAAAAGCCAUGAAUCCAUCAACUGAUAUUAAUGAAACAAUUAAUGUCAUUACUAAUGCAAGAUUAUCUUCAAGAGGUUUAUAUAUGGGUGUUAGAAUCUUAGCAGAUGCACCAAUUUGGCCAAUUGCUUUAUUAUUUGCACAAGCUUUAAAAUCAAGAGCCAUUCAUAUUUCCAAAUCACAACCUUCAUCACCUGCCAAUAAUGCCAAAGGUUAG